AUGCCUCCCCGGGAGAGUACGUCUGAUUCUCCCGCGUGUGGUCGUCGGCAUUAUCGUUUUAGAAAAUUAUUUAUUACAUCGCUUGCAAACCUACGGUCGCCGGUGUCGCCGGCGUCGUCCUGCUUCCUCGUGUGGUGUGUGGAGGAGGCGGCGGGGCGAGCCGCGAGUGUCAUGUGCAAUAUAAACGGAGAGGACUCGAGGACGUGA